AUGGAAAGAGCUUAUGUCAGUCUUAAUUUGUCAGGGUACGCCCAGACGAGAAGAGUGAACGAGAAGAUAGACGUGUAUGGUUUUGGUGUAAUUCUUCUGGAGUUGGUAACUGGACGGGAGGCCCCCUUCGGAGACGAGACGUUGUCCAUUGUUGAUUGGACUUGGCGCCAUGUUUGUGAAGGCCGACCCGUGGAGGAUACCAUCGAUGAGGACAUAAGGGGUACUGUUUACUUAGAGCAAAUAACCACAGUGUUGAGAUUGGGUUUGAUGUGCACAAGCGCAUUCCCUUCAAAUAGGCCAGCCAUGAACGACGUGUUGCAAAUCUUGCUCCGUUGUGGCCAAAGGCUGCUGAGUGAAAAGAAAGUAUUGGGAACGAGCGCAAUGUUGUUCUCCACAACUCAUUUGAAAGUGAUGACA